AUGUUUUUGCAAUGGAUUUCCUGGUUAAGACUUCUCGAUCAUAAUCCUGAAAGCAAUGUUCUGGCUAAAUUUCCUUUAAAUGUUCGAAAGGUACUUAUUUCUGAGAUAACCCAAACUUUGCUCCAAACGCAUGAUCCAAAUCUUUUGUCAUCGAUCACUCACGUUAAAUGGGUUAUGGAAGCUGUUGGUCAAGGAUUUGCUUUACCUUUAGAAGACAUGUCUAUUAUUACUGCGAAUUCCAAGGAAUUAUAUUCACAAUGGUUAUUUGAACCAAAUUCUAGACCUGCUGCCAUUAGAAAUGCUACUGGACAACAAGAAGAACAAGAAUUUUGGCAGAUAAUAUUUCAUCAUUAUUCAUUAUUAUUUCAACCUCGUUAUCAAACUCCUGCUUCUAAUAUUUCAACACCUACAACUCCGGGAUUCCCUGCAAGUAGCAAUCAAAUAACAACGAAUUGUACACAUUUACAAAAUCAUAUUGAAUUAUGUAAAGGUGUUUUGAUUGUUUUAACCAUGGCUGGCCGUACUUUAGGCCCUCAAUUCUCUGAAGAAACUUGGCUUGUGCUUUUGAAGGUGGUUUUGGGAAUAACCGAUUGUUUACUUCAUGAACCUAUCUCUACUACGACGUCUGAUGGAAAUAUGGAUAAAAAAACUGCUAUGACUAUGGCUGAUGAAUUAUGUGAACAUUUAUUAAGAGUACUUUUUGAGUUAUGGCUAAGAUCAAAAAUUCGUAAAGUUGAAAUGUGGGAUAUUUUUAAAAAAUGUUUUAAUCAAUGGACACAUAGACAUCAAGCUCUUCUACAAUGGAAUGCUACCACUUUGGCAUUAACUCAACGUGUUGUCAGAUUAUUAUAUGGCCCCAAAGAAGGUGCUGAUAUGGUUAACGUUUCUGUGGGUGGUUAUAAUGUUGGAUUAGACCUUCCAACUGAUUUUGUAUAUUAUGCUUGGCAUAGAAUGGUUUAUUUAAUAAAUAAUCCAUGUACAUUACCAUCUUCAAACUUUUCCUCGGCAAUUUCGGGAAUUGGUAAGGUUAUUGAAGCAUUUCAAAUAAUUGGUCAGCCAACUAUCCAUAAAUCUUCUCAACAAGAUCAACAAGAUUCUUUUUUUGCAAUACCUGAUGGAAACACAAUAUUACGUAUGUUUGGUCCAUGGUUAUUUCAAGCUUGCAUGAUGAGUCGACCUGAUGCGGGUACUCAGCUUGGUCGAGCUGCUGCAUUUGGUAUCCUUUGUAGAAUAUUCUGUUUACCUCAGAAACGUGAAAAAUUUUUACACAAUUAUGUUACGCAAUUCUACCUUGCUUUAAUUGAAGGUUUGCGUGUCGAUAGUUGUUUACCUACAAUAUUGAUAAGCACAACAUCGCUUUUCGCUACUGAAUUGGAAGGCGUAAGAAUGAUGGUACCUGAUUUUGUGGUUGGAAUUAAAAUGGUUUUACCAAAAUUGGCACCGGGCUUUAAAAUUGAUGUACCUUUGGAAGAUUUAAGACUUGCAGCUAUAAGAGUAGCCAGUACAAUUAUGUGCUUACCAAACCAUUUUGAAAAAGUACCCAUGAGAGAGAAUUGGAGUAUUGGGUUGCAUCAAAAUGGAGAUAAACUUGUUAGUAAUGAUGAUGAAAUUAUGGUCAACGAACUUAUGCGUGUUCUAUAUUCUGAAGAUGAGAGUGAUAUCUCUAAAAAAGAAAAUAAACCCGAACCUUUCACAGCCCUGAAAUUUUACAUACUGGAACUUCUCCUUAAAUCUUUAAAAACUGAAAAGUCGACAUAUAAUCUUCGAUAUCUUCUUCAUUUAAUAAAUGUUUACGUGGUUGAAGAUGUAGCAUUUUGUCCCGGAUUAGUUAGUCUCGUAGUAAAAUCUAUUCAAGAAAAGGUUUUGACUAUGAAUCUUCCUUCUGAUGUAACUUUAUAUGCAUUUGACGUUCUUAAAGACUUUGUUGGGUUGUAUGAAUAUGUCCAGCGAGACAGCAAAAAUUGUGCUAGAGAAUUGGUUUUGGAAUUUUGCCGUUAUAUUGACACAAUGCUUUCAGGUGCAUAUGGUGGAUUGUCGAUAACAUUUCAUUUAGUCGAAAAAGCAUAUGAUUGUAUGAUGCGUUGGAUACUUGUUGGUCAGUGGAUAGUUGGUGAUCGUGAUUGUCAUGAGGCUGUGAUCUCGACAAUUAGUAAAGGCAUUUCAAUAGUUCCAAAUAAUGAUGACGAUAAUGCACAACAAAGCUCUCCUGCCGAUAAGAAAAAGAAUCGUAAAGAUCCAAUUCCUAAUAAACUUUUUGCACCACGAGCUAAAAUGUCUACGGCCAAUAACGAAAGCAUAUUGCAAGCUGGUGGACAAAAUCGAUGUGGGAAAAAGGGGGAAAUGGCCGUCAAACUUGCUGCAGAGAUCGCAAUGUCUCAAUUUGUAAAUCAUUUAGGAAACUUUCCUGCUUGGAGUGACCAUAUUGGACCAAGCAGAGUUUCAACUCUUUUUAAUGAUGACUUGUUACUUGCUAAAGCACGGAUCGCAGAAUCGAAUGUAGGAUCUAUUCCCGAGUUAGUUAGGUAUUUUUUGGUUGAUGGCCGAGUUGUAAUAGGUUUUGUAGAAAUACCAAAGCAUCCGGUGUGGAUAAUUAAUAAUGAUCCAAAGACUUUGACUGCGUCUGACAAUUUUGAAACGCCUGUUGAAGCAGGAACACCUGUUUCAUCUCCAGGAACUCCAAAAGCUCCAAUACCACAAGAAUAUAUUCAAAAAGAAUUAGAUGAAACCGAUGACUGCCCAUCUGUCAUUAUAGUUAUGCGGGAUAGCACAGGAAAAUACUCGUGGGAAUCGCAUAUGUGCUACAAACCACCUAUUGGAGAUGGCAGUAAAAUUCGUCCUUUAUCACCGGAAAUAGACAAAGAAUUGCAUGAGCCAACUUUAUUAUCUCCUUUACAAUCAAUUCCAAUUUUACGAACAGAAACACCUCCACAUUUUCUUUAUGAAUCACAUGGAACUAAGGAUCAAUCUUUUAUUAAACGAGUUGCUUGUUUUAACAAUGAUCAAAUACCUACCGUUGAUAAUAUCUUUGAAGCCGGGUGUAAUAGCUGGAGAGCUUAUCGUGAAGUCAAAAAAUUAACAAAAAGACAAAAGGAAAUAGAGAAGCAAGCUUUUGAAGAAAGAAGGAACGCCAAGUUUGACCACCAAAGCCCGCAAGUGUUUCGGUUAUUUAUGUCUCAUAUGGGCCUGAUAUCUUUAGAGAAUCGACAUCGUGUAAUACCAUUAAAAAUAUCAGAGAAGCUUAUUGGUGAUCUUGAAAAAUUGGAUUUGUUGAAUGAGCGUAAUUGUCUUAGUGCAUCAGUUUAUUAUAUCCAAUCAGGUUCCGAUCAUCUUGAACAUAUUAUAAAUCCACCUUCUAUAAGUAAAGAUUUUGAAAGAUUUUUAAACAGUUUGGGAUGGCCGGUUUCAUUAGACACGCAUUCAGGCUACAAAGCCAAACUAGACUCAUCAAUCUGUAAAACGGCACCAUAUUUUGCAGACAGAUCAGUUGAAGUUAUAUUCAAUGUUCCAUAUCUUAUUAAAGCACCUAACAAUGAUUUAUCAUCGGAUUCAUUGUCAAAUCUUAUCAAAAACAUUUUUUCUGAUGACUUAGUUUGUAUAGUAUGGGUUGAUGACGUUUUAUCAAUGCAGAGUGCACCAUCAAAAAUUGGCCAAUCUGCACUGGUGUACAUAUUUGUACAUCCAUUACAGAACGCUACAGGACUAUAUUGGAUAAGAAUAAUUACACCCUCCACACCGCAUUCAAGCAUUGGUUCUGGACCUAACAGCGAAAAAAGAACGGGAAAAGGAAAAGUCAACUGGAAUUCCGAUACGCCAAAAUUAAACGAAAUCCACCUGACAUUCGGACCAUUAGUUGAUGGUAUGAUAGUGAGUCGACAUACAAUCGGUUCACUUGUACGGAACACUGCCAUAUCGGCCCACGAUGCAUGUAGGAAUUUUACAGAGACUCGAAUAAGGCAGCCAUAUGCCGUGAGACGACAAUUUAUAGAUGAAAUAUAUAAUAAAUAUAAAACCAGUUUAUCAAUAUCGGAGUGA